AUGGGUCCGCCAGGUCUGCCACCUUCCUCUCUUGAGGCAUUUACUUCAGUUAGACCAACUAGACCCAAUUCUUCUAUCCCCAACCCUUUGACGACUUCUUCCACAUCUUCGUUAGCUUCACUUUCUUCUCCAAACUCUGCAUCUACCUCUGCUAAUGUCUCUACUUCAAGCUCCGCUAAUGUCGCCUAUUCUUUUCCGUCCCCUCCUAUUUCUACUGUUCCUGGUCCUCCUGCUUUGUCUGUUCCUACUCCUUCCACCCUAUCAACAUCUAUGACACUCGUGCAAAACCCUCUUUUUCAUCAUGCCUCCAUCUCAUUACACGGUUCUACAGUUGACGAUCUGCCAGCCACUUCUUUCUAUGAAAUAAUUUGA